UGCAUGGUUAUUCACCGCGGACCUGCUUUGUUGACAUAUGGCCGACAAAAUAAACUUGGCAGGUUUCAGCGCGUUAGGGCCAGUAGAACUUCAGAUGUUUAAAAAUGCAUUGAUGGAACUGGAAGAUGACAAAGACGAUGAUAUGUACAGUAGGCCUGGGGCCCAGUUAUCUGGAAAACAAACGUUUACAAGUGAAGACGGCAAGAGCGUUACUGGAUACCCGGUGCUCGUUGACUUUCGACGUCUUUUGCAAUUAUCUCCCAGCAAUCUGACAGCAGCUUUCACAGGAGACAGUUCAAUAAUACCUGGUAUAUCUAACAAAGACCUACUGCAUUCAGUGAUAGGACUAUAUGAUGUAUCUCUGUCUGAAAUGACUCCUGAUGUUCUUUAUUCUACUGUCUGUGAAAAAUGGGCCAGAACAAUAGUUAUUGUUAGAGAUAUAAAAGACACGAUCAUUGAUAUGGAAGAGCAUAAAUUGUGUAAAAGUGGUAAAAAAGAAAAAGAACCAGAAAAUGAAAUAAAAGAAGAUGAAGAUGGAAAAGAUAAAUAUGAAGAAGGAGAAUCAACUCCUAGUAAAUUUGCUGGUGUUUAUAGUGAUACAGAAUCUGAGGAAGAGGAAGAAGACGAGGAGGAUGAAGAAGAAGACUUUUCACUAGGUAUUAACUCAUUUAUAAAAACAGCAGUUCAAAGAAGAAAACAGAGAAAAUCUAAAAAUAAGAUAGAAGAGUCAGAUUGUGGAGUAGAAAAUAGAAUUCUUGGCUGUGCUACAUAUGAGAAAAAAUACAUUAAACACAAAGAAAGAGUGGUACAUCUUACAUUGGUCACCGUGAGAAAAAGAUUUAGGAAGUAUGGGUUAGGCAAAUAUCUUCUUCAGCAAAUUAUAGACCCAGCUAUAGUAGGCCAGUAUGAUGCUGUUGUUGUACAUGCAGACAAUGCUGCAGUCGACUUUUUCCAGAAGUAUGGAUUUUCUGAUGAUAUUGUGUUAAACAGUAGAUGGAGUGAUUUAGCAGAACAGUUCACAAAUUGUACAUUGAUGUGCUACUUACCUGGCUUCUCAGGGCAUUCAUUACUAAAGACAAUCAAAAUACCAGACUUUGAAGUAUUUGAAUUAGAACAAGAGUUUAAUAAAUGGAAAUCAAAAACAACAGAAGUUUACCAGAAUCAAGUAUCCAUAGUUAUGAGAAUGAAACAUGAAAUUAUACAGCUCAAAGCAUUGGUUGAUAGGCAGCAAAAAUUGAUUGAAACCCUCCUAAGAGACAAUGACAGAGUCAAAAAAGAAAGGGCUACAAUAGAGAAAGAGUUUUUGGAUUACAGAUUAGGCAGUACUAGUAUAACACACAAGUUUUCACCAACUUUAAUUGAUAGACUAGAUGAUGUAGAGGAUGAAAUCAACACAGAGAUAUUAAUUAAUGAUCUACAAAAACAGGUAGAACUCAUGGAUCUUACAGUCAAAAGAAAGAGGAUCGAAUCUCUAUUGGAGACUGACCCCAUGAAUAGAUCUAAACUGACUACUGUAGAUGAUUGUAAAUAUCUAUCCUUUCCACCAGCCAAACAGAGGAAUGCUAAUAAUGAACCAUAUGACCACAUGAAAGAUGCAGCAUUUUUUUAUGACGUGACAGAAAGAUUUAAAAAAGGGAUGAAAUUAGAUCCAGAUUUUAAGACAAGGAAUGUUGAAGUUAAUACAAUUUCAAAGGCAACAUUAACAGACAGAUUUCAAGAAAAGUAUCGUGAUAAAAUCAAGGUUUUACAUGACCCUUCAAUGGUUGCUGAUUUAUACUUCUGUUCAGACAAAAUGGAAAGAGCUCAGGACAUUUUAAAACUGGGAUUUUCAUCUUCAGAUAUUGUAGCUGGAUCUUAUGGUAAAGGCUUAUACUUCUCUAAGUUUCCCUCUAGAGCCUCUCAACAUUCAAAGUCUGGAAAAGUAUUAUUAGUAGAAGUAGGACUAGGUAAAGUUGAGACUGUAAUGAAGAGAGAUGGACAACGACAAAAACCUGGUGCUGGUUUUGAUUCUAUUCUGAUUCCUGGAAGAAUUGUACGAGACACAGGAAAUGGAGACAGUACAAUGAAUGAAGAAUAUGUUAUAUUUGAACCAAGUCAGGUUUUGCCCCUUUGUCUAAUCAGCAUGACAGAACCUUGAUAUAACCUACUAUUAAAAACCAGAACAAUUAGUGCCAUUUUAACAUAUCAGUUAUCACCAAUAUGAUAAUGUUGUCACAUUGGACAGAAUUUCAACUAUAACAUUCCAGGGACUCAUUGCACAAAAAUCUUCUGAGAAAAAAUACUUGUAAGUCAAACACUUUAAAUUAACUUACAAUUUGAACCUUAAGAAGAUACUUUGUGAAAAGAGCCCCAGUUUUUUGUUUCAUUUGCUUGAUUAUCCUUUAUUUUGACGAGCCAUCUUUUUGAAUUUAUGUUUAAGAUAUAUUUUGUUUAAACUAUGUUUUAACUUUUAAGGAUUCAUGCUUAUAUGUUUUUGUUUGUUUUUUAUGAAUGAAUGUGAAUGUUUGAUAAGCAAAUAGUUUUCAGGACAAGAGAUGAACAAGGCCGCUACAUGUAGACAUGUGACAUACAUAAUAGAUUAAAAUAUCACAGAAAAAACACAAGCAACAUAAAGUCGUAAAAAAUCUAGGUGUUAACUGAUGAUAAACAUAUACUGCUUCACAAGUGGCACCCAUCAUGUUGAUCUUGUCUUGAUUAUACUCCAUAUGCAUUUAUUCAUUCUUUAUUUAACAUGCCAUAAAAAGGCUGUAUUGAAAAAUGUUGUAGCCUAAAAUCAUUGCUCUGUUUCAUUGAAAAUAAUGAUUAAAAAGUUAUCAAUUUGUUUGAGGAAAUAUUAUUAAAUUACCCAAGAAAAUGUUAAGCAUGUAAUUAAAACUCUUCUUAAUUGAAGUGUAGUGUUAGAUUAUAGGCAUAGACUUGUUAUAUUCUUUUAAAUGCUGAAUAAGUUUAAACAGUCGAUAUAGCUAUAUAUAGGCAGAGUGUUUUUUUACAAAAUUGUUUACAUUCUUUUACAAUGAUUAUCCGUCCAAACCACAUAACGUGAUACCUUGUGGUUAAGAUUUUGACAAUCUUGUUUGAGCUUAAAUUUACAGUAUUGUUGUUAAUAUCAAGCUUAUCUUAUGUAAAUGGUAUAAUUUUUUGUUUGAUAACAUGUAUAUUAAAGAUAUUAAUACAUUAAACAUAUGUGCUAAUCCUUUUCUAUGUUAAAUAUAUUUGUGGAAUGUUAUUUAUCUUAAAAACAUGUAGAUUUUAGCAUAUUAAGUCAUGGCACUAUCAACGUAUAUAAUAAUUUAAUUGCAGAAAUAUUUGUUUUUCUAAACUGCAGUUUGAUGCAUUGAUUUUGUCUUAUUUUUUGUUUUAAUUUUCAUAAAUUUAUCUGAUAGCAAGACUUGUCUUUUAUUACAGAACUGAAAGCAAAAUUACAAACAAAGAAGUAAAGGGUUUCACUUAUAUUUUAUAUAUGGUUACCUUUUGGAUUGUGAAUAAAAACACAUCAAAGAUUUUUAUUUGGGUGAAAAAUACCUUGAAGCCUUAAUAAUAGCAGUUGUUAUGUUUUGGAGCAUAAGUUACAGUUAAAGGUGCAUAAGUUUUUUAUCUAUUUUUGUAUCAUUGAAUGUGCUAUAAAAUGUUAAAACACAGUGCUAUUAAUAAUUCUUCGAAAGGAUAUUCAUUAUCUUUUGUACUAUGUUAUGUUUUAAAAGUGAUACAUGCUUGUUUUUAAAGUGUCUAGUUUAUAUUUUUAUUUGUAAAAUAAUAUGAGGUAUCUCUCCAGAGUGGGGAUUAUGAAUGGCAUAUUUUUUGAAGAAUAUGAUUAUGAUGAUAUUUUAAGAGUAGAAAGGUUUCUUAAGAAUAAACUGCAACACCAAAAACUAUAAUUCAUAUUCAAGUUAUAGGCUUAAUUGAAAUGUAUAACAACUAAAACCAAACAAGUAUAUGUGUUAACGUAUGGGACUUUGUCUAUGGUAUGUAGUGUAUUUAUAUUUAUUUAUGUGAUGGAAGUGUAUUUAUAU